AUGGCCGUUGUUUGUAUGGCUUCUGAUUCGAAUACUACUGUAAGUUUAAAUGCAUUGUAAAAUACGAAGACGACCUCUGUUUUGUUCAAAGAAAUGUUUGAGGUACGGAAAAAGUCUUUUCGUUAAAUUACUAUGUUUAUUUGCACGUCCAAACACGACAAGACUUUUUUAUAUUAAAUAACCUACUUUACCUUAAACUGCCUUACCCUACCUUACUCAAUAACAUUAUUAAUCAUUUUAGAGGCUGGUCUCCUUCCCUCCACUAAAUUACGAUCAAUUUGAUAUUACUCAAACAAACUGGGCACUAGCGAUAGGUACAGCUUUAGCCACAGUGCCGUUUAGUGAAGUUUAUUCUCGAUUUGGAGCCAAAUACCCAUUCUUUGGAGCUUGUGUAUUGUCAGCAUUGGCCACAGUGGCAAUUCCAUUUGGAGCAGAAGCUGGCUUUGCUUGGCUUCUGUUUUUGAGGUUCUUGCAGGUAAGCAAUUUGAAAUUUAUGUUCAUAUAAAAUGUACGACAGGGCAAACGUAUUUUACUAUAAUUCUUGUUUUUCGAAAAUUUAAAAAAUUUUUAUAAAAAAUAAUUCUUUAGGGUAUAGCCUUUGCUGCUGACUUUGCAUCAGUCGGUUUGGUAUGUAGCAAGUGGUCCACAUUGAAGCAAAGUGGUCUUUUCAUUUCGUUGGUGACGUGUUAUGCACCCUUAUCAGUCGGAUUUACCAAUGUCAUGAGUGGUUAUGUAAGUAUACAAAAAAGAUAUGUCUAGUUAUACAAAUUACAGUGUACAUGGACGUAUGUUACAUCUACUUUCUCUUUUUUUUCCUUAAAAUGCAGUUUUUAGGUAUGCGAUAGCAGUUUCGGCUGGCCGAUGGUGUAUUACAUUCAUGCGGCCAUUGGUGUUGUCGCAGCAUUCUUAUGGCUCGUUUAUUAUAAGGAUACCCCAGCCAAGUCGAUAAGAGUAUCAGCUAAAGAAUUACAAAAGAUUCAGAAAGGUAGAGCUGAUAAAGAAUUGAGUUACAACGAAACCACACCUUAUCUUGUAAGUCAAUUACCUUACUUACUUUGUCCUACCCCAUUCCACCUUGCCCUAUCCUACCCUACUUAUCCUAGGCCCUAUCGUACCAAAUUCAUAAUGUUUUCAGCGUUUACUAAGAGAUCCCAUCAUCUGGUCGAUUUGGUGUAAUGGUUGUAUAGAAGUCUUUGCCACCAAUUUCUUAUCAGUAUACGCAGCCUUAUACAUGAGAUAUGCCCUUGGUUACAGUGUAGAAUUAACUGGCUUUUACUCUGGUAUCUCAAAAUCAAUGCAAAUGCCUACUCGUAUAUUGGUGGGACUUUUUGGACAUAAAAUAAGGUAAUAUGGUAUCAAAAACUAUUAUGGUCUCAAAAAGAGUACUAAACUAAGAUCUUCCUCUUACCUAACUAAUCCAAUCCUUCCAGCUGCAUAUCCGAACGUCAACGUGUAGUCCUCUACAACAGUAUAGCCCUAAUUGGUGGUGGUAUAUCAAUGUUCUUAAUCCCAAUAUCCGCAUAUUCUUCAGCCUUUCUGGCCGUCUUCUUCAUAGGCUUGGUCAACUUUUGCACUGGCGUCGCAUCUUGUGGCUUCUACCAUGCUGCCAUUCUUUAUUCAAGACAACAUUGUCAUUUUGUAAUGGCUGUCAUAUUAUUCUCACAAUGUGCCAAUUUGUUCAUUGGACCCUUAUUGACAGCCGUUUUUGUGCCCGUCAUGGAAGACAUGACUCAAUGGGCCGGUAUCUACAUUGUCAGUGGAAUAUUGAUGGUUGUGGUAGGUUUGGUUGAAAAAUUUAUCAUUUUUGUAUUCGACAUAACUCAAAAAUUAUAGUAUUCAUAUUAGAAAACCUAAAACGUUUUCAAAUUUACCAUAAUUUAUAAGUUGCAGUAACUUUACCGCAACCCUAAGUAUUCAAAAAUUCUUAAAAACUGUUUAACGAAAACUUUUAUAUUUUAGUGUGGAUUAGCAUUCAUCAAGUAUUCCGAGAUCGCUCCACCACCAUACCUCACGGAAAUCAAGAAAAUAACCGUAGAAGUUCCAGUAGACGACUCCGCCAAACUUAAACUUUAA